AAUAAAUCGCGGACGUGUGUUCAACAAACUGGUUCCGGGUAUCAACAGUGUGGUGGCUAACGUUAGCUGUAACGUAAUCUCCACUCCACAUUCGUCUACAGAGUGGGUUAACCGAAAAUCCAGAACAGGAUGGAUGGUGAAGAAAGAACCUACGGUGGCUGUGAAGGGCCGGAUGCCAUGUACGUGAAGUUGAUCUCUUCAGAUGGCCAUGAAUUUAUUGUGAAAAGGGAACAUGCCUUGACAUCUGGGACUAUCAAAGCCAUGUUGAGUGGGCCAGGUCAGUUUGCUGAGAAUGAAACCAAUGAAGUGAACUUCAGGGAGAUUCCAUCUCAUGUCUUGUCCAAGGUCUGCAUGUAUUUCACCUACAAGGUCCGUUACACCAACAGCUCCACAGAAAUACCUGAAUUCCCCAUCGCUCCGGAGAUCGCACUGGAACUGCUCAUGGCUGCAAACUUUUUGGAUUGCUAAAGUUACCCGAUAAUGUAGAAGCUUCAAACAUUUUUAGAUAUUUUUUUGCAUAUUUAACUUCUUUUGUCAUGUAAACCAUAUGAAACAUGAAUAAGUGCAUCACCACAAAGAGUUUUUUUCUCCUUUUUUUGCACCUGGCUUUCUGUCCUAAUUUUAUUAGUAUUAAAGGAUUUCAUUUUAAUGUAAGAAAUGGAUAUGGCAGACUGCAUCCCUUUCCUAAGAAUGUGAUGAAUGUGCCCCCUGCCCUUGAAAUCUUUCUUCACCUCUCCAUCUUAAUAAAGACCUGUUUGGUGAGCACUUUG